AUUCACACUCGCGAAGAAGAAGCGGGAGCGGAAACGAUAACAGUAGCGAUUCGAAAACGACGUCAGGAAAACAAGGUCGCUGGUUAAAUACGUUUUGCCGGGUUUUAUUCCCCUUUGAUGCUAAGACCAGAGACAGGAGAAGAGUAGAGCCUUCUGUGUGAGAUGGAUGUUGGUGUUUCCAGGUCGCACGUCUUUCUCAACUACACUCCCAGAUCCUUCUUUCCUCAGUGGCGCCAGUUAACCAUGAGUGCCGAGCGCGUCAUGGAUGCAGUGAAGGACGUCCCCUCCUUCGGCUCAGCGAAGAUGGUAGCUCUGGCUGCAGGUCUGUCCGUGGGCGUCACCGUGGGCUACAUGGUUUAUCGACACAUCAGCAGCAGCAGUAACGACGACGAUGAUAAAGACACAGACACACAGGUGUCAAAGAUGAUGUUUCCAGUGGAGGUUUACAGAAACAUGUCCAGAUACCAGGCCCGUUUUUUAGAAACAGUGACUCAGAACUCUGGGGCUGCGGUUUGGCUUCAGUCGGAUGCUGGUACCGUGUGUUUCCUGCUGCAGGGAUCUCAGGAACAGAUCCUCAGAGCCCGCUGUGUCCUGGAGACUCUGGCCUCAGACUCUGAGCCACUCACAGAGAUUCUGGAGGUUCCUCAGACCGCCUUCGGACGAAUCAUAGGUCGCGGUGGUGAAAGUCUCAAACUGAUCACCAGAACUGCAGGAGCUAAAGUGGUUUGUUCCAAAGAAAGGUCAAAUGACCCUGGAGCGAAGGGGAACAUCACCGUCACAGGAACCAAACAGGAAGUCAAACUGGCCAAGGAGAUGAUCCUGGAGAAGGUGGAGGAGGACAUGAUGGUGAGGGCCAGGAUCUCGCAGUCUUCUGCUCUGAGGCAGAAACGUGGUCCUGGUGUAGAGAGUCAGAGGCCGAGCAGCACCGAGACCCAGACACCUGCAGGGUUCAACAACAACAACAGACCACCGCAGGCUGAAGAGAACGAACACAUUCACAGAGCAGAAGCAGAGCUACAGAGGGAGGAGAUAAAGGAGCUGAACAUCAGCAGACUGGACCAAGACCUGGAAGAAGAGGAGAAAAGUCAGUCCAGCUCCUCACCUUCAGAAAUCUCCAAGUUUGAAAUUCCAAGUCCAGACCUGAGCUUUCAGCCUGAUGAACAUCUGGAAGUGUACGUCUCAGCCUCGGAAAACCCAAACCACUUCUGGAUCCAGAUCCUGGGGGUCCGGUCCUUACAGCUGGACAAACUCAACCAGGAGAUGAACCGAUUCUACAGCAGCGGGAACCCGGAGGAUCAGCAAGUAGAGAGCAUCGUGGUUGGAGACAUCGUCGCUGCUCCGUACAGAGACCACGGAACCUGGAACAGAGCCAGGGUUCUGGGAGCUCUGGGUUCUGGACUGGUGGAUCUGUACUAUGUGGACUUUGGAGACAAUGGUGAAGUUCCCAGAGCCUGUCUCCGCAGAAUGAGGAGUGAUUUCCUCAGUUUACCGUUCCAGGCCAUCGAGUGCAGCUUAGCAGGAGUCCAACCCAAAGGUGAUGUGUGGACGGAGGAAGCUCUGGAUGACUUUGAGGAGUUGACCCACUGCGCCUCCUGGAGGCCACUGCAGGCCCGACUCUGCAGCUACUCUCACUCUGAAAGUUCGUCCUGGCCCAGUGUCAGACUGUUUGUCAGCAGUGAGGACAAGACUGUGGACGUGGGUGAGGAGAUGAUCAGACGAGGACACGCCCUCACUCACCAGGAGGUGGUGAAGGAGAAGAUGGAGGUGGACCACGUGGGCUCCCUGCAGAGGAUGUUGGACGACGUGAUCGGAGCUUCGUCAGAGCUGAGUCUGUCCUGCAUCAGCCUGUCAGAUGUGGCCUCCAUAUCAGGAAGUGUGGAUGACGUCAUUGAAGACGAGCUGAUCUGAGGAGACUUCACUGACCAGUUGAGGUCACAUGUUUUUUUUUGGCACUGAAUGAAAAAAACAUUAACAAUGACAUUAAUGUGGUUCUUUAUUCUUCCAGAAUCCAUUCCUCAGCAGUCCUGAAGAUGAAUGAUCUCCCUGCUGCUACUGCUGCCCCUCCUCAUGCAGCCUUACCUCCAUCGGUGUUCAUUCAUCGGUGCUUCAUUACUUCUGCCUUGUUCCUCUUGUUGCACUUUUUUCACCUCUGCUUCGGGUUUCUCUGUGCGUGUUUUAGUUCAGAUGAAGCAGAACCAAAGCAGAAUAACUCAAUCAGUGUUAUCGGUUUGUGAAGAGUCACUGUGAUGGACCAGUAGGAGGCAGCACUGAGGCAUUUCGCUUUAUUAUUUAAACGGCAGUUUUCGUUCCAACAGUAUUACUAAAGACUCACAGUUACUGAUGUAAGUGAAUAAGAUGAAAAUGAAAAAAUAUAAAAGAUUUAUUUUAUGUGAAAA